AUGGCAGCCUCUUUGGAUCAAAGCCAGAACUGCGCGCGAACCAUAUCCAAGGCGAACGACAUUCGAACCAGAACUGCGACAUCUGUAUCGGAGCCGAAGAAGAUCAACGGCGCGAAGCCACCGUGGCGAAGGUCGCGAGAUCUCUGGCCGCCCCUCUACAUGGAGAAAGUAAAUUUAGAGGUUGUAAGUGAAGAUGUUGAAGGUGAAGAUGGAAAGGUUCGAAGUGCUUGUAAGAAAUACGGCCAGCAAUAUCUUGCUUCAAGCAAAUAUGGAACAGGUAAUAUGAGUCGCCAUAUUAAAACUUGUAAGAAAAGAGAUACUCGUGACAUCGGUCAAAUGCUUAUCUCUCGUGAUAGUGGAACUUUAUCUCUUGAUACUUGCAAGUUUGACUCUGAAAAAUGGCGUGAGUUGGUUGCAUCUUGUAUUAUUAUGCAUGAUUUGCCAUUCCAGUUUGUUGAGUACAAGGGGUUAAGAGCAAUGCUACAGUAUUUAUAUCCUGAUGUAGAAUUAAUCUCUAGAAACACUGCUAAAGCUAUUUGUCUUAAGAUGUAUGAGAAGGAGAAAGCAAAGAUUAAGAAUAUGGUGAUUGCAUGCCCUGGUAGAAUUUCGUUGACAUCUGAUUUGUGGAGUUCUUUGACUAGUGAUGGAUAUUUGUGUCUUACUGCUCACUUUGUUGACAAGAAUUGGAAAUUGCAAAAGAGAAUAUUAAACUUUUGUAAUAUGCCACCUCCACACACUGGGAUUGCACUAUCUGAAAAGAUUUAUUCUUUGUUACACGAUGAUUGGGGUAUUGAGGGAAAGAUUUUUACUAUCACUUUGGAUAAUGCUACUUCAAAUGAUGUUUCUGUGGUUUCCUUGCAAACACAAUUGAAUUUGGAUGGUUUGUUGCCUUCAAAUGGGGAAUUUUUUCAUUUGAGAUGUUGUGCUCAUAUUUUGAAUCUAAUUGUACAAGAUGGUUUGAAAAGGAUUGAUUACUCAGUUGAAAACAUUCGUGACACUGUCAAAUAUGUAAAAGCAUCACAAAUGAGGAAGCAAAAGUUUAUAGAGUGUGUGAAGUUGGUGCGGUUGAAUGUGAAUAAAGGAUUGUGUCAAGAUGUGGUGACUAGGUGGAAUUCCACUUAUCUUAUGCUUGAUAGAGCUCUCUUUUUCAGGCGGGCUUUUCAACAUUUGGAGUUAAGUGAUUCCAAUUACAAGCAUCACCUUUCUAGUGAUGAAUAG